AACGUCUUUGACUUGUGGGUACAUACGAGUCUUCUAAAGGAUUAGCAGACAGUCCACGUUACGGUGAUUCUCGGCUAUUCUCAGCACUAUCUGAAUCGGACGCCACGCAAUCAUUUGAAAUGCAUACCAUUCAACCAGUCCUCGAGUUUCCUUGGCUGCUUCGAAGUUCUUGGGAGUUGGCAGUUCAUCACAGGAAAUUGAACGUGACAGGACUGCAGCACAGGGUCUUAUAGCCUUAUUCCUGUUGACACAUCCAAAGGAUCUGAAAUCGUUUGCCACUUCUCUUACAGCACAGGAAGUCUGGGCGUCAAACUCCAAUUAUAAAACGUCCAGGGAUGUGUGGGCGAUAUCUCCACCUUAUCUCGACACUACUAGUAUGAGCAGAUACGCAGGAAUCGUGCAUCGCUCCCCGGACCAACGUCUUCUGCAUUUACCCCUCCAAGAGGUCGAUGUGAGAGUAUGGAUGGUUGACGUUUCGGCGAGGGUGGUGCUCUCACAAGUAUUCGAGAAUGUAUCAGAAAACCCUACCAGCCGGGCCAAAUAUGUAUUCCCUCUUCCAGCGAGUGCUGCCACUUGCGCUUUUGAACUCGAACAUGACGAUGGUCGGGUUAUAGUCGGUGUCGCGAAGGAGAAGUCAGAAGCCGCAGAGGCCUUCCAGAGUGCAUUGGAUGCCGGAAUGACUGCAGGGCUUGUAGAAUGGGCGACGGACGACAUAUUCACGAUCUCAAUUGGUUCGAUUCCCGCUAAGCAGAAGGUUACAGCAAGGUUGACUUUUGUAAUGGAUCUUUUGGACGAGGGGAGACAAGACCAUGUCCGUCUACAGCUUCCAAUGGCUAUUGCUGAACGAUACGGCGAGACACCAGCAGCCAUGCUCGAUACAUCUACAGUUGAUGAAAGCACGCGUGUUAAAAUCGCUGUGGACGUUCAAACUAGUGAUAAGAUACAGGAUAUACGCAGCCCUACUCACCCGACGAUCACUCGCAUGCGUUAUAAGACCCGUACCGGAAGAAAGUCUGAACGACGGAUGUCGGUAACAUGGUCGUCUGCGACAUUCCUACAAGAAGACUUCGUGCUGACGGUGCAUGCUCUUGGACUCGACAAGCCUCGGUGUUUCGCAGAAGUCGAUCCCCAGCAUGCGGAUACAAUUGCUAUGCAGCUCUCAUUUGUACCGAAGUUCAAGAUGCCUCGCGUAGCUUCGCAAGAGUACAUCUUCGUUAUUGAUCGCAGCGGAAGCAUGAGGGGAGCCCCAAUGGACACUGCUAAGCGCACGCUGGAAAUGCUUCUUCACCUAUUGCCCGAUUCACAAACAACUUUCAAUAUCUUCAGCUUCGGGAACGAGGUUGAUGGUCUGUGGGGACAAAGUGUGUCGUUCGAUCAGUCGACAAUGCAUCAGUGCGGUAAUCGAAUCUCGAAUAUACAAGUUAUGCAAGCCAACUAUGGAGGGACAGAAAUUGCGAAGGCCCUACAAUUCGCUAUUGCUUCACGUAACCACGAUCGCCCGACUGCGAUGUUCGUCCUCACUGACGGGGACAUACAUUCUUCCGCAAACCUUGACCCAUUCACGGUCGUCUCCACGGCUGUGAAUAACUGCAGGCCCAACGCACAAUUGAGAGUAUUUACUCUCGGGAUUGGUGCAAGUGUCUCUUCGGCCAUGUGUGAGCGCCUUGCCCGCGAAGGCGGGGGUGAAUGUCUGUUCGCCGUUCAAGUCGAGGACAUCACAGGAAAGUGUGCAAGGCUUCUGAACGCUGGUCGGACACGCGUGAUCGAGAGUGUCACAGUUGAUUGGCACGGUUUGGGAACUCCGCCAACCGUCAACUUCUCACCCUCGAGUCGCCAUCACCCGCUUCCGCCUAGCGUCGUGCAGCUGGAGCCUCCUCCUCCUAUGCAGCAGGUUCCGCAUACAAUCACGAAGAUAUUCCCCGGGAUGCGCUUCAAUGUCUUUGCGAUCACCACUUUUAGAUCGGUUCCUCCUGAAGUCAGGUUGCAUGCCAAGGUUAAAGGUUCGGCAGAGGUUCUCGAACUCGUGGUGCCUGUCACAGCAGUCAAACCAUUCAAGGACGAGUGGUCAUCCAUACCACUCCUGCAUACUUUGGCGGCACGAGAACUGAUGAAGCACUUGGCAGAGGGUAGGGCACCACUUCCCAAACCUAUGGCACCUGCCUCGGAUGAGGAAGUUCGAAAAGCGGCGAUAGUUCGCUUAGGACUUGAGCACCAACUUGUGAGCCAGCACACGUCCUUCGUUGCUGUAGAAUCCGGACGGGAGACAGCAAGGAGCCGGCUGCGCCGCUCAACGUCAUGGCAAAGGUCUCGGCGACAACAUGGAAAUGCUGGUGCCACUGUAGACGUUGUUGAUGAGGAUGCUUCAAAAACAGACAUGUCCACCGUGCAGACCGUUUUGGACAGCUUGUCUCAGGCGGUUUCUGCGGUGUUCAGCUUCUUCUUUCCAGAUACUCCCCCGACAACCCGAAGACGCCAGGGACCACUUCCUGGCACAUAUUAUUCUGCUGCACCAUCCCGCUCGGGCUCGCCAUUAAGUCAAAGUGAACAUUCAUUCCAACACGACAACUCGAGCACGGACACGUUCUCUACACUCAGUUCAUUGGAAGGCUCUUCUACUAGUUCCCGAUGGACCUACUCUCGGUCUUCCAGCCCCGUACCUCCCCCAGAAGAUCCAAUCGUGCGCGUUUCAUCGCCAGUCUUUGGUCCCAUAAAGAAUGCGCCACCAGGAGCACAGCAAUCGGGAAAUACAGCUCGCCCGGGAAGAACCCCCAUCCCUGCCCCACCACCCGUGCCCGAAAAAAUGUACACUCUCAUAUCGCUACAGAGCGCCGACGGCUCAUUCACGCCGUCGCCUCGAUUAGGGGAGCUUGUGGGCGUGGACACACUGGCUAAGGCGGCAGAACUAAAUGUCGACGGGAAUAUAUGGGCGACUGCAGUCGCUGUGGCGUACCUGAAACGUCAUCUGGGUUCAGAGCCAGAUUUACUGGAUGCUCUGUUGAAUAAGGCUCUGGAGUAUGUUGAGGGAAGGGGUGCGAGUUUACUGGUUGGACGAGAUUUUUUCAACUUGGUGGAGAUUGCAGGGAAGUCGGUGGGUUUGUCCUGAGUGCCUCACAGUGGUGAUAUGAUCGUUUCUUGCUCAACGUAUUCUAUACUGCUAUUACAUCUAAUGAUGUUGAACAACAGGAUUUCGUUAUGUUAAACAAGGCUGUUUGAUGAGACAUUGGUCUCCAAAAAAAUCGGAAAUGCUAAUGCGGCAACCUGACCACUGA